AUGGCAUUAUUUUUACGGCCCAGAUUGCGCGCGCGUGCCGAACGGCAUAUCAACGGCGUCAAUAGCAACCGGCACGUCUCUCCGGAGGCAAGAACCGUCAAUGUGCCGUGCGUAAAGCGGCAUUUCGGUCCUGUCACCCAGUGUGGUGACAAACUGACAAUCAGCGUAGCAAGGACCAACCGGGGCUCGGCGGGUUCAGAUGAGGUCUGGUUUCAGCGCAAGUCACUAGGGGAGGAAUGGCGCCAACUGAAGGAGUUGUCGGGCGAAGAGAUUGGCAACCUGCGAGAGAAGGCGGAGGAAGAACGGCCGGGCGGGCGCCGCAAGACAAUUGCAGCGCAAGCAGCGGUGAACAGGGGGCGAAAAGUGGGGGAGACAGCAAGAUCCAGCACGCAAGAAGAGGGACAACUUCACACAUGGAACGGCAAAGCGUCUGGCGCAGAUGAUCGCCGAACCGUCGUCGACCAAGCUGUGAUGUAUCUCGAUGGCCUUCGAAGAGGAGAGAGCGCUUUUUACAGCGUCGGCAAGCAGGGAUCCACUAGUACGGUCUAUCUAGCUAGUACUUGGAAUCACAACGCCGCCAGACCCAAACCUCUCGGGCGCCCAAGCAAAGUGCGCGCGUUGCUUGAGAAGGUGCACCGGGACACCAUGGGAAACCUGAGUUGCACCUGCGACCGGGGCCGGUUGUACUCGCAGGCGCCCUGCGUGCACAAACUUACGCUACAGGCGUUGGAGUCGCCGAGGCUAGCUAGCGCCAUAUUGCUGCAAAAGGGGCCACGGGUGGUAGAAAUUCCAUGCGACAUGGUCAGGGAGCGGGUUUUCGGGGUGUACUGGAAUGCUGGUUCGCCCUCACCUCAGAGGACGAUGGUCCACUAUGGAGAGGAGGCGCAGAUGGGCUGGUAUUGCGAGGGGCGGAAGAGCGGCGGAUGCAGCAAGACGGCUGACUGUUCGCACAUUCAGGGGGUGAAGCGAGCUUUGAGCGGACCAAGCGCUGUAAUCGUCACACGGGUGGUGGAGAUUCCAUGCGACAGGGUCGGGGAGCGGUUUUUUGGGGUGUACUGGAAUGCUGGUUCGCCCUCACCUCAGAGGACGAUGGUCCACUAUGGAGAGGGGGCGCAGAUGGGCUGGUAUUGCGAGGGGCAGAAGAGCGGCGGAUGCAGCAAGACGGCUGACUGUUCGCACAUUCAAGGGGUGAAGCGAGCUUUGAGCGGACCGAGCGGAGUGGAAAAGCUGAGCAGGACUUCGUUUUCGGAGGAGCAGCUCGAGCUCGCAAAAAGGUCUUUGAAGGACAGUCUAGAGGAUAGCCGGGGCGGUGACGGCGGGGUGAAGCGAGCUUUGAGCGGACCAAGCGGUGUGGAAAAGCUCAGCACGAGUUCGUUUUCGGAGGAGCAGCUCGAGCUUGCAAAAACGUCUUUAAAGGACGGUCUAGGGGAUAGCCGGGGCAGUGACGGCGUGGCGCAUAGCGGGCAGUGUGCGCCAGACGCCGACGUGGACGGGUACCUGGCGGAGCUGGUCGUCGGCAGUCACGAGAGGGCCGCAUGCGAAGGGCCAAGUUGCUUCUGCAAGCAGCAUCCGAGGGUGUUUGGCGGCGCUGAUGUGGACGAGGAGCCCUGCGCAGCGAGGUGCUGCGAGUCUGCUCAAACGAACGGAAAGCGAGCUCGAUCGGAGCAAGCAGAAAGCUCCGGUGGCGUUGGGGAGGCGAGCGCGAGAUCGGGCAAACGGAGAACAAAAUCGUAUUGGGCGGCAAAAGGCAUAGAGACGGAGGCGUCGAACGCUGCAACGGGCAACGCGGGGGAGGCUGAAUCGGAAUCAGCCGAGGAGAGGGGGCGGGGAGCGGAUAGCCCUCCCAAGGUCGAUGAUCGGAACGCGUUCUCGAUUCCGGUGUGUAACAUCUGCGUGUGCCCCUCGAACGUGUGCACGCAUGGUGCCUCCCACGGUGUUGCGACGGUGUUGCCCAUGGAAGCUGAGGGCGUGCAGUUGGAGGUGCCAAAGCUCGUUCGACCGACGGACUCCUGGCAGGUCCACGACCCCGAGGUGUCGCUACUGCGAAGGCCCGUUCGGGUCAGCGAGCUCACGGCCCGCGAUUUCGAAGAGCUUAGCGCUGCGGAGAGUCUCUCCGCCCCGUGCCCCCGAGGGCCACCCCCUUGCCGGACCCGAUGGUUGGGGCUGUGGCAGAGUGCCCACGUAUACGACUU